CUUAGUGCAGUAGAGAUGUAGUGUGCGAUUGACGUGAGGAGUGUAGUGUGUAAAUAAAUUUUUGAUUUGGUGUAGCAGCGAAAUAAACGCUGCUCGUUUUUGUUUGUUAAAUCUGCGUUUAAAAUCGUUUGCAUAAGAGAUGAUUAAAGCAAUAUUAGUGUUUAAUAAUCAUGGGAAACCACGUAUGUCUAAAUUUUAUCAGCAUUUUACAGAGGACAUGCAGCAACAAAUUAUAAAGGAGACCUUCCAGUUGGUUUCUAAAAGAGACGAUAAUGUUUGCAACUUUUUGGAAGGUGGAAGUCUUAUAGGUGGCUCAGAUUAUAAGCUGAUAUACCGACAUUAUGCGACGUUGUAUUUUGUAUUUUGUGUAGAUUCAUCUGAGUCAGAGCUUGGGAUUUUAGAUCUGAUCCAAGUCUUUGUGGAAACACUGGAUAAGUGUUUUGAAAAUGUUUGUGAACUUGAUCUUAUUUUUCAUGUUGAUAAGGUUCAUUACAUAUUGAAUGAACUUGUUAUGGGCGGCAUGGUAUUAGAGACCAAUAUGACUGAAAUUUUAACGAGGAUUGAGGAGCAGAACAAACUAGAAAAACAGGAGGCUGGGUUGGCUGCUGCACCAGCGCGAGCAGUUUCUGCUGUGAAGAACAUGAACAUUCCACAGCAAAUCAAAGACAUUAAGUUACCAGAUUUGCCUCAAGCGAUAAAGGAUCUCAAGUUUUGACUAGAAGAAAUAGUGCGAAACAUUUUGUUACCAGCUAUUUUUAUAUAAUAUGUGUGAAAAGACAAAAAAAAGUAAUGAAGUUAUCAAUAAUGGCCCCUUAUUUCUGUUUCUGAGCACUAUCAAAAAGUUUUUACCUGUGAACUUCACAUGCUGUUUUGUUUCAAAUGACAUAUAUUUGUGCAAAGUGCCAUGGAAAGUCUUUGUCCAAAAUGACUGUUACUGUUGUUUUGUUCUCUUUUUUUACAGCAAAAGUUAGUUCUCAAACUUGUAUAUACAUGGAGAAAGUGACUAACCAGUAUGGAUUGUAAUUUUUAGUACAAAACUGUUAAAAUUUCCAGUUCCUGUAAAAUUCCAUAACUAUUUUUAUUCUAAUUUGUCCAAACUUCAGCUGUAUGAACAACAAUUUUGUGUGUGUGUGUGUGUGUGUGUGUGUGUGUGUGUGUGUGUGUGUGUACACAAUUAAAUGUUAUAAAUGUUUCAUAUAUGAUAUUGUAACUCUUUUUGCAAUUCAUUAAAAGGGAUUUUUAUACUUUGUUGGAGUAAAAAGUUGUGAAAUUUCUUUUGCAAUAAAGAAAUAGUACACAGCAGUGAACUUCUAAAAAUAUUGAUAUACAUUUCUUGAACUUGACCCAGAGGUUCACUGGAUCUGAGAUCUUGGGUCAUGUGUCAUAUUGUGUGAGAAAUAUAAUUUUUGUGAGCAGUGAUAGUUCAAUUGGGACUGUUACGAACAGUCAGAGUACAAGUGCUGAUGCAUAUUACUUACAUACAGACCUGAUAAAUAUGUUUGUUCCAUUACAUUCUGACAUGUACAGUAUGACUGAGAUGGAUGAAGUACAUUGCAAUGUCUGGAAUCAGCUUCUUGUGUUGCAAUUGUCUUGAGUGUCUCAACCACUGUUCUAUCAGUAAUUUCCUACAGGCUAAUAAUUUAUAUUUGUCUCCAUGUCCCUUUUGUUUCAGACACUGUUUAAAUUGUUAUUUGGUGUUAUAUCUCCGAUGGGCUGCAUUUCUGUUGGAUAACUCUUUACUUACUGUAAUCUCUUGUGUUGGCUACCAUUUGGUACUAAAAAAUAACUGUUGUAGUGAAAAUAUUAUGGAUCAUGUGUAUUCCACUUAUAGUUACUAAAAAGGAAAAAAAUGAAACUGUAGGCUUUGGCAAAAAUAUGUGGCCACUGGGUAGUCUGUGCAGUCCAAGCUGAUGUCUGAACUUGACAGAAACUUGACAUAAACUUGACAUCUCUCACAGUUCUGUGACCAGAAACCAGUGAAAGCUAGCGUGACAGUUCUGUAGAGGAAGUUUUCUCUCCCUCUCAAGCUUUCCUUUUCAGAAUGUGCUUGUGGUUUAGUGUUAAGUGGGUUGCAGUAUAAACACAAGGUCCAUCAGUCAAGGAGGCCAGACAUAAUGUGUGUUUAUACAAUAUUUUGUCACUAUCCCUAAAGUAAGUGUCUAAUAGAAGCACAAACACAAUUCAUUUCACUACCUGACAGGAGAGUCCAAAAAUAUUUCCACUUGGCUGGCCGUUUAUCUUGAAAUAUUUUGUGCACAAGUGUUUGCCCUUGAAACAGCAACUGCCCAGGUCUUCCCUGCCCACUGCAGCAAGCAUCAAUGUUAUAAGGUGCCCACUACUGGUUUCACUUUGACAAGCAGAAACUUAUUUAUUGUUGCAUGUGUUUCCAGUCUGUUUUACACUGAGGAUAUGGCACAGUGCCCAUCGAUUUAAAUGGCUACAGAUUUUGGUGUAAAUGAAUGGAGUAGUAAAGAACAGAUGGGAAAUAGUACAAUUUUUAUUCAUCUGUAUCCUAUCCAAAGCUGUGUACUUUUGGAGCCGCAUUGUGCAGAAGCAUCCAAAAACUCAGCAGUUGCUGAUGUUGAUGACUCGUGUGGCACCUCUCAGGCAGCAUGUGACAUAAGGAAUAUUGAAAUAUGUAACCUACCAUUACAGUUAAAGUUUACCUGAUGCGAAUGAAUUACACAUUUAUCAUUAUUAAAUGAUGUCAGAAGACUAUUUUAACCCUGCGACAGCUGGCAGGAUCUGUGAGACCCACUGGUUUUUGUUUCACUGAAUCUGUAUUUUUAUAGUUGGUGAUUUGACUUGAGUGCUCUGCUAGCUUCCUGAAACAUCUCAGGGAAAUUGUUUGUGUUGUGAAUGAGGCUUUGCUUUGUUUAAUCAUUGUUUGGCAGUCUUCCAAAAAGCGCAUGGGUCUGUCAGACCCAGCCUGACCUUUUACAUAACUAAUUUCUGGUAGUGCGAUCUCAUUUUUAUUUUUGUGUAGGCCUAUUAUUGAGUUACUUUGUAAACCAAUUGUGAUGUCUUACUACCGAAUUCUCACUGUCAGUAGUCUGCAAUAUAAAAUGGCAAGAGAAAGUCUUUCAUAUGGUGAAGUUUACAGAAUUCUUUAUGAUGAUGAGAGUGAAGUAGAUGAUUCUGACGUGGACACAGACUUCAAAAUAAACAGUAAUCAUGACAGUAAUAGUGGAAAAAAAAAAUGUUGAGCCUUCUGUCAGCACUGAUGCACCUACUGUUAUUGAUUCAAGUACAACUUCUGUAACUGACUCAGGUACUCACCCUAAGUGCUUUUAUGAAGGAAGGAGUAGAGCAACUAAAUGGACGAAAACUUGUUUCCCACAAAGCAUUCAAAUAACAUGUCACAACAUAGUAAUCAUGCAUUUGUCGGGAAGUAUUCAAGCUGCGACUGAUGUAAAUUCACCGUUGGAAUCAUGGCAGUUAUUUUUUAGCAAUCCAUUGAUUCAUUUACUUCUUGAAUCAACCAAUAUCUAUUUUGAUUCAGUUUGAGACAAAUAUAUAAGUGACCCAAAUAUAGCUAGGCCUACAAGUUUUGAUGAACUGAAGGCAUAUUUUGGCCUACUGUACUUAAUGGGACAUUGCAUGGCGGUAAAUGAAUCUGAAGACUUUUGGAAUACAUAUGGGAUCAGAAUAGCAACCUCUCAACUUUGUAUGUCAGUGAAAUGGUUUACAUUUUUGACUCAUUGCAUCAGGUUUGACAACAUUCAUACAAAGAAAGAAAGAAAAGCACUAGAUAAUCCUGCUGCCAUAAGAUCCAACUGCAAUGCAGAUUUUGCUCCCUCAAAAAACUUUACUUUGGGCAAAAUGCUUGUUCCCUACAGAGUCAGGUGCAGGUUCAGGAUGUAUAUACCAAAUAAACCUGCCAAGUGUGGGAUUAAGGUUUUCAUCCUGGCUUGUUCUAAAAUGUACUGUUUGAAACAUUUGCAAGUCUAUGCAGUUGCACAACCACAAGGACCAUACAAAGUCAGUAAUAAGAAAUAUUAUGGUGAUUUGCAUCUUGUAGACCCAGUAGAAGGGUUUGGGAGAAAUCUGACAAUAGACAAUUGGUUUACUUCUUAUCCAUUCAUCAAAAAAGUAGUACGACAAAAGAACAUUGCUAUUGGUAAGUUAAAAAAAUAAGCCUGAAAUUCCAAUUGAGUUUUCACCCAAAAAAUCUAAAAAAGGCUACUCGAGUAUGUUUGGAUUUCAAGAAGACAACAUAUUUGCCAAAACAACACAAAUCAGUACUGCUUAUUUUGUCAGUGCAUCAAGAUGAUAAAGUUGACAGUGACAGCUGCAAAAAGAGAGAACCAAGUGUUAUUAUGUACUACUACGAAAAAAGUUGUGUG